GUUUUCUGAGCCCUGACUGUCCUCCUCUGACCGGUGUUUGGACUCUGCGGGUGGGUCCCCCAUGGAAGGAGCCCCAGAUGGGGUGGCCGAUGCACAGGCCAAUGAGAGGCCCAGAGGGGAACGAUGGGUCAUUUCCUCCCUGGCUCUCUGCGCCCUCCCUUGGGGCCUUAAAAACCACAGCCCUCGCGCAGGAGGCACCUUUGACCAGUGGCGAAGCCGGGCGACCCGAAUAUGGCCUCCAUGGACAAUACCACCUUUGACUACUCCAAUUACGACGGCUCCACUGAUGGCUUCAACGAACCAGUGGAUAACUCCUCCAGGACCCAGAGUCUGACUCGUCUACAGAUCAUUGCCCUGAUCGUGUAUGCAGCUGUCUUCCUGGUGGGAGUGCCCGGCAACGCCCUGGUGGUCUGGGUGACAGGGUCCGAGGCCAGGCGAACCGUCAACGCCGUCUGGUUUCUCAACCUGGCAGUGGCUGACCUCCUGUCCUGCCUGGCGCUGCCCAUCUUGUUUACGUCCGUCGUCCUGCACGGCGACUGGCCCUUCGGCAGCGCUGCCUGCAGCAUCCUGCCCUCGCUCAUCCUGCUCAACAUGUAUGCCAGCAUCCUGAUCCUGGCCACCAUCAGCGCCGACCGCUUUGUGCUUGUGGUUAACCCCAUCUGGUGCCAGAACUACCGAGGGGCCCACGUGGCCUGGAUCGCCUGUGGCGUGGCCUGGUUCUUGGCCCUGCUGCUGACCAUACCGUCUUUCCUGUUCCGUUCGGUCCACAAGGAGUACUUUCCGACCCGGAUAAAGUGUAGUGUCGACUAUGGCGGCAGUGACCGCACGGAGAGGGCCGUGGCCAUCCUCCGUCUGGUCGUGGGCUUCCUGUGGCCACUGGUCACCCUUGCAAUAUGUUACACCUUCCUCCUCAUCCGGGCAUGGAGCCGCAGUGCCACACGCUCCACCAAGACGCUCAAAGUGGUGGUGGCAGUGGUGACCAGCUUCUUUGUCCUCUGGCUGCCCUACCAGGUGACGGGGAUGAUGUUGUCUUUCCUCCACAAGACCGAUAGCGUCUUCAAAGUCGUGUCCAGGAUCGACCCCCUGUCUGUCUCCCUUGCGUACGUCAACUGUUGCAUCAAUCCUGUCAUCUACGUGGUGGCCGCCCAGGGCUUCCAGUCCCGGUUCCUGAAGUCUCUCCCCAACGUUCUCAGGAAAGUGUUGACGACCGAGGAGAGCUUAACCAGAGAGUCCAAGUCCUUCACGCUCUCCACGAUGGAGACUCCAUCUCAGAAGUGCCAGGCCGUGUGAGGGCAGGCCUCCCCGGCUGCCGUCUGCCCGGGGCUGCCCCCGGCUGUCCAGUCUCUGUUGAUUUUUAACUCAGCCCUUGCCGAGGCGGUGUGGUUUUAGUGAACUCGUCUCCAUUCCUUCCAUCUUUCCCGGACUUGUCUUCCUCCCGGGCGAGCUCUUCUCAUCCUUCCUGCUUUCCAACAUCGACACUUCCUUCUAGAGAGACCCAACCAUUCUUUCCACCCACGGACUUUGAGAAACAACCAUGAGCCCGUACGGAGUGCCCCUACAGCGACAGGUCUGCGCGAGCAGAGCCCACGAAUAGAAUAUAUCAGCUGCCUAGAAUCCGGACGCGCAGACGCGGUCUAACUCUGUUGAGAAAAGAGUUGUGUGUUUAUUCUACGGAGAGUUGGAUAAAAACGUAACUGGUUUCUCAAAACUUGUUCUUGUUUAGGACAAAGCAAAAGGACAUGGACCUAACCAAGCUUUUGCAAGUGAGUUGAUUUAAAGAAAAACAGUAUUCCUUAAUUGGGUUUUUAGAAAAACUACUAAGUUAAAACACGUCAUGUGGUUAUGGCGGAGAGCAUGCGGAAGCUACACUGAAGACCGAGGUUGGGCAAUAUUGGUUGGGUCCCUGCAGGGACUGGAGGCACGGGAAAAUCUGACUUACUCCUUUGUAAACUGUUGUUUUGUUUGAACUUCCCCCCCAAAAUUAAACUUUGAAUUUGAGAUCAUUGUAGGCUCACAUGAAAUUGUAAAUAAUAAGACAGAGGGAUGCUGGGUCCUGUUUCCCUCCACAGCAACAUCUUGCAAAAUGACAUUGCGACAUCACAACCAGGAUAUUGACACAGAUAGUCGACCAUCAGGACACUUUCGUCACCACCAGGAUCCCUCGCCCUGUUCUGGCCACCUCCACUUCCCUCCACUCUCCCCAGCCUUGUCCCCAAGCCCUGGCAAUGACGACUCCACUCUCCGUCUCUAGAAUUUUGUCCUUUCAAGAACGCUCUAUCAAUGGAAUCAUGCAGCAUAUAACUUUUUGACUUUUUGAAAAACUAGUAUGCAUCCUUUGACUAAUGAAAAUAAAAAAUAAUCACUG